CUAAGAAAACCAAAACAAAGACAAUCACCAAAUCUUCCGAUUCCGGCAGUGAAGAUGCUCAACGAAAGCGUUUGAUUACACCUACCUCAACUGUAAUGCACAGAUACAUGCAGCCAACACUGGCGCACAGCCUACGAUAUGGAAAUACACAAACCACACAGAUGUUAACCGACAUAGCCACACCGUUGACAGCAAGAUCACCUGUACCACCGUCGACGCAACCAAAAGAAACUAUAGAAGAAAAAUUUGUUUUGGAUGAAGACUCUUUCCGAAAUUUAGGCGAUGACGUUCAAGAACAUAAAAUUAGUGCCGAUGUCGAUGAUAAUGAAACACAAAAAUUAAUAGAUUUUAAUGAAGAUAUUGGUGACAAAGCAGAUAAAGAUACCGAUAAGAAAGAAGGAUAUGGUAUUCGAGAUACUCAUGCAGAUAAAGAUACUGACGAUGAUAAAGACAGUGAUGAUGACGACGACGACGAUGAUGAUGAUGAAGACAGAAGCAGAAAAGCUGGUGAUGCUGUUGUCGAUGAUUACGGCGCCACCGUACGUAAAGAGGCUGCAGUGCUAAUUGAUCAUGUACUGGAAGAGAGCGUUAAUAUUAUUAGCAGCCAACAACAACAACAACAGCAGCAACAAGAGCAGCAUGAGUCAAAUGGCUAUGAUUCGCUUAGGCAAGAAUAUAAUUCAGAGAGUGAAAAUUAUGCAAUUACAUGCGAUGACAUUGGUGGCUUAGAUGUUGUCAAAUCACCAACCAUUGAAUCGAUGUCUGGCAAAUCAUUCGACGAUAAUAUGAGUUUCACCGACGAACAAUGGCAUUUCUCACAGCAACACACGCAAGUCACUACUGCAACCACAGGUGUUACAACCACAACAAUAACCACUACAACACAGCAACAACAACAACAACAACAACCAAUACAAUUGUCACAUGACUUGUUACAAUUCAAAGAUGACUUUGAAUUAAUGCCAACCGUAACAGAAAUUACGACAACAACACGAACGAUUACAACCUCCAGAGAGGCGACAAUACCUGGUGGUAGUGGUGGUGGUGGUGUUGGUGAUGAUGAUGGUGAUGCUGCGGCAAAAUUGAAGGCAAAAGAGGAUCCCACUGUUACAAAAUCGCGGCGAAUUGAUCACAAAUUCGAAAAGCUCACAACGCAUGCUGGCGACAUUGACGAACAAGCGUCAGCAUUCGAUGCUAAUUUCGACGCAAUGGUGCACGAUGAUGAGUUAAGUAAUUUACAAAGUGAAUUUUCGAAAAUGAGUUGGGAUGAUAGUGUGUCGCCGACAACAAACACUUUGGGCGAUAUCGGUCAAAAUACACCCGAUAAUGAUAUACAAGAUAUUGCAACAGAGACAGGCUUUGAGUUCGCUAAAUCAUCUGAAACCACCCCAGUACCCACUGGCGCUACAACAACAACUGCCCCAACUAGUUCCGAUGCAGAUGCCCCAACACCCAGACCUCGUGGCGCUGGCGCUAAACCAGCUUCACCAGUUAGAGAUAUUGUUGCCGGCGAUAUUGCACAGUGCCUCAAGAGUGAUGAUGCAACCAGCCUUCAGACAGACUCCGCUGAAAUCUUGUCAGAUUUAUCAUCAACUGCACCGGUACCAAAGCCACGCUUGCAAAUGAAGCCAACGGACUCUUUCAAAAACUUAGCUGCUUUGGCGAGCGAACAUUCGGAUAGCAUCAGUUUACGUAGUUUGGAUAUGACAGAAGAUCUAUCUAAAACCGAUGAACCGUCUACGGAAAUUUCUAUCAAGUCAUCACAUGCACGCGAUUAUCCUACGACUACAACUAUCACAACGACUACAACAGCUUCUGAAGAUCACACCGAGUCACUAGAACCCACAAGUGAGAUUUCAGUAGACGAUGCCGACACAGAAAAAUCCGAACUUGUCGAUGGUCGUGGGAAAACUAGUUUCUAUAUUGGCGAAUCGAGCCGAAAUAUUAUUGUCAAAACCACGCCUACAAAACCAGAUGGUGAUUUAGAUGCGUCUGAGGACACAACAGCAGCUGCAGAAAAUGUCGCUGAGGCUACUAUCGAGGCCAAGGAUAUAGCGUUAAUGAAGGAGGUUUCCGUCGAUUCGGAUGAAAGUAACGAUAUAUUUAAGGAAUAUGUGACAAUGAAGCGCGAAACAGGCGAAGCUGACAGCAAAAUAGUGCGACAAGGUUCCGAAACCAGAAAUGAUCUCUUGGAACAAGAACCGCUUAAGGAAAAGCCAACUGAUGAAGACAAAGUGUCUACUACUUUUAUGGUAACUGCAGAAAUUUCACAGCCUUUCGCGGAAGAAUUUGAAAACAUUUUAAAGAAACCAGAGGCAUUUUUUGAUGAUUCGUUAACCCCGAAAUCAGAGAAAUUCGAUUUGCAACUAGAAAAGAGCGAAUGGGAGACAGCGGAGAAAGAAAUUCCUGUGGAUGGUAAACCUAAGGUGGUGCACUCACCACAACAGUUGAGUGAGUUGCCGAAAGCUUUGAUUGAUGAAGAAAUGGUUGCCAGAACAUUGGAAGAAGCACAAGAGUCGUUGAACGCUGCAAAGAACGAACUGAAAUUCAUAGUUAAGGAUGGAAAAUCAAUUAAAGAAUCGCCAUCAGAAUUCGAGUUUCGUUCAAUAUCUCAGGCAUUCAGCAGCGCGGAGAAAAAGGAAAAAUCUAUGCCAGAAGCAGAUCCCACGCCAAAGGCGGCUCAACCGCAGGAGCGUGAAUUCGCGGAAAUGGCAGAUAUUUCUUCGUUUAUAGGUAUACCAGAUACUUUGAAAGAUACAACUGCACUCUCAGCUUACGAGUCAGCAAAAGAAACAACUGAGUUACUCUUUGACGGAACAACAAAGGAAACUUUGAAUAAGGAAGCUGUUAUGGCACACUAUGCGCGUGAGAUUUUCGAAGAGGUCAAGCAAGAGGGUAAAGAUGAGCAUGGCUCGUUGGGCUUCAUAUCAACCGGCACUGCAGACGAUUACAGUUCGAUGGAAGACUAUGCAGCCAAGGAAGAACAUGCCUCCCUUGGUUUUGUAUCAACAGAAACUGUUGAAGACUUCAGUUCAAUGGAGGACUACUUUCAGGAAAAAAUGACCAAGGCUAGCGUAGUAACUGUAGAGGGAGGACCAGUGAGCAAAUCACCAAUUGAAGAUACAACUGUCGGCAGCGCAACGGUUUUUUCGGAAAUAAGUUCCGAACAAACAAUGAAACCAUUCGAGCAGGUAACACAUCGCAUUAAGUCAGAAAGCAGCUCAACUGAUUCCACAAAUAGAUGGUCUGUACCGGAAAUUGAUCAGUCCAGUUCAAGUGAAAGCUAUUAUAAGAGUUUGGAUAAGAACGACAGCCGUCCACUGUCGUCAGAUGUAGACAACUUAUUGACGCAGGGGAAUUCCUCGGAAUAUCAAACUGCAUUGGACAUGUCUUCAGUAACGCGCGAAACUACUGAAUAUGUUAGCGCCGUUAGCACACUCCAAAGCAGCAGUGGCAAGACCAUAAGCUCACACGAAAGCAUGAAAAGUUUAGAUUCGCAAUCGGAGACAUCCGCGAAUUUGGGUAGUAUUGAUGUAUCGGAAUUAUCGGAAACUUUGGUGGCAUCCUCCACAGAACCAGAUGCCUUAGAAGCUGAGGAAUUGGCACAUAUUCGCGAUUUGCGCGCUGAUGAUGAGGACAGCGAUGACAGCCUAGAAAUACAAAACUACGCCAAAAGCGAACAGCAAAUGCAAAGGUCAUUGAUGAAACGUUCACAAGAAAUGAUAUUUAAGCCCAAGCCAGAGGAGACUAAAACCGAGGAGCAGCAAUUCGAAACAAUUACUGUCGAAGAGUUUCCUAAACCUAAGGAAGUUGAGAGAACAUGGGGUUUGGCUUAUCCCGUAGAUGAAGGAAAACUAGACGAUGUAAGAGAGCCUGAACGGCCCGAAGAUAUUUUACUUUAUCAUGGCGAUAUCAGACGUUCCAUUGACGAUUCCAAGCUAGCAUCAAGUUUAGAUGAAGGUAGCAUACUUUCGGUCAGCAUGUCGAGUACAUCGAAUAUAGAGACUGUGGUAGAGAACUUCGAGGAUAUGAUUGGCUCGGCCGGUUCUUCUUCCCUCACUGGCAUUGAGGCUUUCGGCUUCCCACACGAUGAACAGCCAUCCUCCUUUUACGAGCAUGAGGAAACAUUUAGCAUGGAAAUGGAAAGCAAGGAACAUUCCCCACCAGAUUCAGCAGCCACAACUCCACCCGGCGAGGCACGCAAGCGUGGGCACAGGCGUAGUGAAAGCACCGCAAUCACUGGUGAUGUUUUAAAGUCUAUAACUGAUAAAGAGCUGCCAGUUUUGGGCGAAAAUAAGGAAUCCGAAAGUGAGUCCGACACAGAUCCAUACGAAUCCGAAUAUACCAGACAGUUUCGGUCGCCAAGCGAACGCAAAAACAACAAAAAGAAGAAACAGGCAGCUGCCGAAAUGGAUCAUAGCUUCGAACUCGAAAAGCGUCCUUUCACACCGUCACAACUUGUCGCCGAAGUGAUAGUAGAGGACAGCGCCACUGAAGAGAUGGAAGCCGAAGCCAUUGAGGAAGAGCGCCGACCAUCGCAAAAUAUGCAAGACUAUUCAGUAAUACCAGACAUAACAGUAACUGAGGACUUUCAAAAAUCGCCAAGCCUCGAGGAAACCGCUGACGGUUUCGAAGAGAAGUCCUUAUAUAAAGUAAAAACUCAAGAAGAGCUACACAAGGCCGCCGAUGUACCGCUGCAUGAGCAGAAACGUGCGGAAAAAAGUGAGGAAACAUUUCAAAAACUAGUACAGGAGCAAUAUAAGCAGAAGUUGGCGGAUUUGCAACGUCCACAAGUUGGCGAUAGUGAUUAUGAUGAUGAUAAGGCACCAGACUCGCCAGAUUCAUUUGAAAUGGUUGACCAACCUGAUAUUUCCGAUGAUUUUGUGAUUAUCGAAGAGGUAGCUAAAGAAGCCAACGAAGUGGAUUUAGGUGCGAAAAGCAUUCAAAUUCAGCCCACAAAAUACGAAUCCAAGCAUGAUGAGGACGUUGAGAAAAUUAUCAUAAAAUCAGCACCAGCCGAUCCCAAAUUAGGCUCACAAAUAUUCCGUGAUGAUCUUAAUUUCGAGUUCGAGGAAAGUCCGCCGACUGCGGGUAGUAGCAGCGAUCCACAGGAGGAGAGUGACUCCGGCGACAUGGCUACUUCAAAUAAACGCUGGGUAGAAAUGCAACUCACAGACACGCAAUUGCGCUAUCCCUACGAUAUCACUGGUGGCGUGUUGGAAGACAUCAAAGAAGAGGAUGGCGAAUUCGAAGUGGGUAGUAGCCGCAUUAGCAGUUUCAAAGACUCCUUUUCCAGCACACCGGAGUACGACGUCAUGGCUGCACGGCGAUACUAUGCACGCGGUGAACACGAUGAUGUUUCGAUGAGUAGUUUGCAAGAAUUCGAGUCGCUCGAGCAGGCUAUUUCAUUGGAGAACCGCAACAAAACGCAUCAGGGUUCAACGGACUCCAGCAAUGGUAGUUUCACGCGGCGCUAUAUGGUGCGCCACAGUGGCAGUGGCACAGCACAAGGCGAUGAUAUAUCCAUCUCAAGUCUCAAAGAAUUCGAAGGCUUGGAGAAUGCCUGCAUAGAAGCGCAUUUGAUUGAAAUUAAGGCAAAAGAAGAAGCCGCACUACUCUCGCGCUCCGAUGACUCGAACAAAUCGAAUGACAGCGAUCGGGAAAAUGGUGCAAGCGCUGUUGUUGUAAGCAAAGUGACACGCACUGUAACACGCACUGAAAUGCUGCCGGCACAGCAGCAAAACAUUGAAGCGCUGCUCAAGCAAAAGCUCGAAGAAUGUGAAGGCAGAGAUUCACUGGUUAAAAUUACGGAGGUGUCAACUGAACCGUUGGAGGCGAAAAUAAAGCUCGAUAAGCAGGAUUCGGAAAAGGGAAGCGUAGACAGUUUGGAAAUUAACAAAAGUCUCGAUAUGCGCUCGAGCAGUAUUGGUAGUUUUGAAAUUUCAAAAGACGCCACCACACGUUCGGAUAUAGACUCACUGGAAACUGAUCGUAAACAACCAACACGCGAAGAAAGUAUCGAUUCCAUGGAAAAUGAGCAGUUUGAUUUAUUGGCAAGAUUUCCAAUAGCUGGAGAAACUACACUAGGCGAAGGUCUGACAACAACUACAACAACCACUACGACUACCACAGAUGCAGAGGGUCAUGAGCAUAUCGUUACGCAGACCGUAACCACAACAACAAGCACCAGUGGCAAUAUAACGCUAGAAUUCCCCAGCGAGCAACUACCCAAGGAUGUAUCGACCGACUCACUUUGCAUUGAACAAACCAAUACCAGUUCGGCGGGCACAACUGCCACCUAUCAGACCAGCGCCGGCAAUUCACAAAUGUCUGGCAGCGUAACAAGUUGUGCAUCGAGUACACUCAUGGAGGACUCCUAUCCUGGAGCGCACUCCAGCUUAACAUCUAGUAGCUUUUGGUCUCAUGAAGAAUCAACGGUUGUGGAAGAUAAGAAUGUCUUAGAAGAAGUGCUGCUCGAAGAUGCUGAAGCGCUGAAACGUCGACAAGUACAGCAAAGAUCAGAUUACGAUGAUCAACAUUAAACGAUGCUCGACAGAGAUGUGAGAGAGAGAAAGAGAGAAAGUGAGAGAGAAGAGAAAAAACUAGCAUUAAACUUCACGCAUAAAUAAAAUACAUUCUUAAGGGAUUACAAGCUUUUUAUACAUACAUCAGUGGUUAGAUUUAAAUAAAUAAAUGAAAAUGCAUGCUUCGUUAAUGGUGAACCAACAUCGGCAAAGGCUGGGAGAUUUCGAUUAACAAAAAUAUACAUACAUAUUUACAUACUGCAUACUUCAAAUACAUUCCCUAUACUUAGUAAACUGAUACAUUGCAUUUUAAAAAUUAUCGACGCAUCGAACUUUAUGAAAUACACGGUGAACUAUGAACUAUGUAACUCCAGUCUUCACUUAAAACACGUUUUUUUAGUAAAACCAAAAAUAAAAAUUAUAAGCAUUAUAAAAAAUAUGAAUCCACACAAAUACCAACGCGUUUGCCAUGCAAACUAGUUAUUGUUAAAUAAAAUUUGUUUUGGGUAGAUAACAAAUUAUCCUGUAUAUUUUGGCUUAAAAGUAAAUGUGACCCUUUAAGUGUCUAUUAUCUAUUAAAUGUAAUGACUUUCGUUAAUUGGCUUUAACCUUUCAAAUGUAUCCGAACUUCUUAGAAAACCUAUGCACUAAAUAUGUUGUAUGUCGUUAAGUUAAUUGUGUGUACUUGUACUUUUUUAAGAACCAUCAACAAUUUUCUACAUUACAUUGAUACAUUGAUUAAAACAAAUGUGAAACGCGGUUAAAGAUAUUAUUUAUUGUGUUAGUGUGGAAAUUUUGCGAGGCAGUAGUUUAGCGGUCGCUGUAAAGAAUUUAAUAUUUUUUGAAAAUUAUUUAAAUACACUAGUCAGUCGUAUGUAGUAGUUUAGUUUAAGCAGCUUCAAUGGGAUACAUGCAUACAUAUUUGUUUGAAAACGUGUAUGAUGCCUUAACAAAUAUGCAAAAAAAAAAUAUAUUAAAUAAAUAAAAAAAAAAUGUUUAAAAUAAAAAAAAAUAUAUAACAUGCUUUUAAAGUGACUUUGUCUUUUUCAUUUUUUAAUCCAAAGGAGCAAAUAAAGCCUAAGCAUUUUAAUAAUUUAUAUUUAAUAUUUACAUUAAACUUAACUUAAGUACAAUAUUGAAAAUAUUUAUGUAAUAAAGCACAUACAUACAUCAAAUGAAAUAAUAGCAAGCAUACCAAAAAUAAAAUGCAAGCAUGUAUUACCAUUUAUUAUUAGUCGAAAACUUAUUGCAAAGUAAAUAUUAAUACAAAACAAAAUGCAUUUCCUAUCAGUGCAUGAGAGGACACAGCAUAAAUGUGUAUUUGUAAUGCAACACACAUGCCUACGAUUAACCAAAUAAAAGCUUAAUCAUAUAAAAUAAA